CUCUAAGCAACUAAAUGACCAGCAAGAGCUAAAGUUGCUCGCAGGUUCCUUUCUCCCCUUGAAAGUAGCUCAAUCUCUCCCUCCAGUCUCGCUGAUUAGGUUAGAUUUCAACCUCUUUCUACCAGAUUUUCUCACAAAUCCUCGAGUAUUUCCCUGCAGUUUCGUUUUUCUUUUUUAUAGGUAGGAAGUCCAUAUUUCCUCAUUCUCUUAUCUUUUGACAUAAUUCAAUGGAAACAUGAAGAGUUUUCCAGAACGGUUAUUCUGUUCUUUCUUCAAACCCAAGUAGCAGGGAGGUGGAUUGAAUUGAUGGGAACACCAAAGAUGUUCAUUUCCACUACCCACUUCGAUUUGUUCAACAAAAGAUCUGUUAAUGAGUUCCUCUUCACAAAAAUGUUCCUUUUUGUUACUUCUUUCUGGUUCUCUGCCACUGGCUACGUGUUUUAUCUGAUCGGCCUCAUCAGUAUUUACAUCUUUAGAUUUAAAACAAAUAAUACUUCUGAGAGCCAUGACAAAAGUUGCACCACCGUUGGUGUUACAGAUAGAGAGGCUAUCCUUCCUCAGGAAGAUGGUCCAAUUGUUGCUUCAAGUUGCCUUGAGCCUGAAAGAGAAUCUGAAAUUACCAUCUUUGAGGAUUCAGAUCAUGAUGAUGGGUUUCCUCAGGAAGAGGAACCGAAAUUCUGUUUCAAAUUUCAAUUUCAUACCUCUGAAGACACUCCUACAGGUUACAGAGAAUCCGAAGAUUCCAUUAACCCCAGUAAGGCCCCCACGGUGAACACUAGUAAAUAUCAAUUCUCUUCUGGGAAGGAUUUCUGUGGCUUCGUUGAAGAGCCGGAGGUUGUGAGCUUCGCUGUCAAAGAUUUAUAUGCAGAUUCAAAUUAUGACUCUUUCAGCGAUAAUGAGAUUAUCCAAGGUGGAUUCUUAUCGGAGAAGAUUCAACAACUCUAUUCAAAAGCUCAAGUUGUUUACGAAGAAUCAGUAGGAAAUUACAGCCCUGUUGAUCUCAGCAAAGAAGAAUCAGGAAAAACAAAAUCUGAACCACUCACAGAAGCUCAGGUAGCUGAAAAGGAAGAGCAAGUUAGUCCAGAAACUGAUUUACCCGGCAAGGAGGAUAUCUCUUAUGAAGUUCAGUUUCUAUUCGAAAAAGACUUUGUGGCUUUAGAUUCUGAACCAGAAUCGAUUAGUUUAAGCGAUGUAUUUUCUCUGAAGGAUCAUGCUUUUGAUUCCAAUAGUGAUGAAUUCUUGUCGGAGAGAGAUUUCGGAGAAGGAUUAGAUACUGGAACUCAGAUAUAUUUUGAUGGAGAGAAGGUAAAAUUAGCAGAAGAAACACAAGGUUACGAAGAGCCACAUCUGCAGAAUUCAAGCUUCCUGGACAGAGCCAUCGAAAUCAGCGAUGGGUCAUUCUCUGUUUGGAAACCUAUCAAACAGAUAAGCAAUAGUAUUGACAAUGAGAUUGAACUAAGAGAAAAGAUUCGAAAUUCUGAAGAACCCAGUUUUCAAAAAUCAAGCAAUCUGGUACACGCAGAAGUUCUGUCAGAUGAAGAUUUCAGCGACGACGAAGAUAUCCCAGACCCAGAAGUCAUUUACGGUAGCCAAGAAAAAGAGACAAUGGAUGGUUUAGAAAGAUCUGAACAACCGAAUUUGCAGGAUUCAUCAGUACCAGAAUUAGAUGAUACAAACAGGUUGGAGAUUCUGUGGGAACAUCAGGAUUUGAUAGAACAGCUGAGGAUGGAACUGAGAAAGGUUAGAGCUACAGGACUUCCCACCAUCUUAGAAGAAGAUGAAUCCCCGAAGAUGAUGGAAGAUCUGAAACCCUGGAAGAUUGAUGAGAAGUAUCUGCACGAGGAUAGAAUGGACGAGCUACACAGAUUCUACAAGAGUUACAGGGAAAGAAUGCGAAAAUUCGAUAUCUUGAAUUAUCAGAAGAUGUAUGGAAUUGGUUUUCUCCAGCUGAAGGAUCCACUUCAAUCGAUUUCAAGCCGAAGAUCGUCCACUCCAGCGAUCGCUUCCGUUUUGUUCCACAACUUAAGAUUGUUUAAACGUGGAAGGGUUGAGGCUGACCCGACGAUGAAGUUCGCCAGAGAGCUGCAGAGAGAUUUGGAAAUGGUGUAUGUAGGACAAGUCUGCCUCUCUUGGGAGAUCCUCAAUUGGCAAUACAACAAGGCCCAAGAGCUGCAGGAAACGGACCCAGAUGGUCUCCGGCGAUACAACCAGGUCGCCGGAGAAUUUCAACAGUUUCAAGUGCUCAUCCAGAGAUUCCUGGAGAAUGAGACUUUCGAAGGGCCCAGGGUUCAAAACUAUGUCAAGAAUCGAUGUGUUCUUCGCAACCUUCUUCAACUUCCAGUUAUAAAAGAGGAUUCUGUGAAAAACAAAACGAAAGGGAAAAGAAAGAGAAGAGAGAACGACGUGAUCACAAGUACAAUGCUAACACAGAUCAUUGAGAAGUCGAUGCAAAUCUUCUGGGAUUUUCUUCGUGCUGAUAAGGAUGAAACCAAUGUGAUCUUGAAGGGAUUUCUGGGGACCCAAGUUGAACUCCAAAACUCCGCAGACUCUCAACUUCUGAUGGAUGUGCGAACAAAUCUUCAGAAGAAGGAGAAGAGGCUCAAAGACCUUUUGAGAAGUGGGAAUUGCAUUGUGAAGAGAUUGCAGAAACACCAUCAAGAAGGCAAAUUCGAUCAAACCAUGUUCUGUUCUCAGGUUGAUAUGAAAUUAAUGUCCAGAGUACUGAACAUGUCGGCAAUAACAACAGACCAACUAUUAUGGUGUCAAAAGAAAUUAAACAAGAUUAGUUUUGUAGGAAGGAAGAUUCAGAGAGAACCCUCAAUUUUGCUGUUUCCAUGUUGAACUCGUUUUCAUCAUAUUCUCACACUUUAAAAUGUCUUUCAUCUGUAGAUCCAUACAUAUAUACUUUGAAAGGAGAAGAAAUAUACAAAAAAUAUUUUGAUCUUUUGGCUGUG